CCCUUCAUAGUCCUCUGGCUAGGGGGGCAGGCUUUUCGGCGGGUGGAGUGUGUUUUUUUGUCUGUGCCUUUCGGUGUUUCCAGGUUGCCAGCUUCUGGGAAACAGGAGACAAACUCAGUCACCGUAACUCAUCACCGUCUUAGUCCUCGAGUCUGCUUUCUUCUCUCAGCCUUUCAGAAUCUUAUGUUUGUUUUAUAAAUAAUGUCCAGGGUUUCUAAUUGUACUUAGCGAGAGGAAUAUGGAAAAGUAUGUUUGCUCUAUUUUCCCAGGAGUGGAAGUCUUGGUUGUGUAUUCAGAAGGGGCUUGCCAGGCAGAAUAUGGUUUUGAUGGGAAGCAAAGAGGGCUGACAGGAACUUCCAGUUGUUAGGCUCUGUUUCAAGUAAAAUAUAAAUGUCCUCAUAUUUUAAACCACUGUCCAAAGUCUUGAGGACUUUGCAACAAUCCACAAGAAAUGAGGACCUGGGCUUGUACGGUAGCCCUGGGGCAGAGAUGAGUGGGAUUGAAUGAAAUAUUCAGGAGUCUAAAAAAGGCAGGAAAGAGCAAUUAAAGCAAGUUUUAUUUUGUUCUUGACAGAUGUUUGCAAUAGGUGUUCAAUGUGGUCAAUUGUAGAACAGAACUACUUCAUCCAGGUUCUUUUGUCUGGUACAAGUGCAGAUUUGUGAUUUGUCAAGGAUGAAACAGGCACCUAUUUUUGUGGUUGGACUGUAUCCUAGUGGGUAUGUAUUUUGUGGGGAAUAGAGAACUGUCCUUUUUAAAAUUUGACAUGGUUUCACUGAGGGCCCAGCCAAAAAGGACCUCCUUACCUGUUGCAUUAAUAAGGUUAAACUCAACUAGCAAGCAUCAGGAGCAAAUAGAAUAGUAUUUUGAAAUGUUCUGAAAAUAAGAUUCCUCAAACCCCUUAAAUUUUGAAUUUAGUCAGGUCUUUGUCUUGUAAGAGUUUGGUUUUCUGGAAGUGAAUAAGGAUAUUUUAAUUUUUCUUUAUUUCAUAGUUAAAUGAUGAGUGCUGUGGACAUCAAAAUAAAAUGUAAAAACAACAAAAAAGCAAGAUGUCACAAGAAGAACAAUUUUACGUGUGGUUUCAGUAAAGGAAACACAAUUCACAUCUUGAGACUUUAAAUGUUCAACUCUGCAGGGCACCUUGUUUGGUAAGGCCGGAGGAGGCUGACCAGUUCAAAGAAUUACCUGACCCUUCCCGAAAGUGCUAAGACGUCGUUUUCAUUCUUACCAGCAAGGCGCACCGAGAGGGGCUGGCGAGACACAACCGUCCAUCUGUCAGAGAACAAUAGCGCCUUGGUUUCGUCUUCAGAGAUGCCAAGGAGGGGCGAACCAAGAGGUCAUGAUGCUGCAUCGCACGACCCACGAGGGGGCAUCGGUUUCUAAUAAUCUCAAAAACGAUCAAAACGAAGUUAAGCGAAGCGAGCAGACCUCCGGAGCCUGACAUUACACCUGGACCACCCGCUCGCGGAAGCAUCGCCAGGGCGGGGUCCGACACAAUGAGGCCAAUGGGCGCGCCGCCCUCGCCCGGAUCCCUCCGCCACGGUCCGCGCCCCAGCCGCAGCUGGUACCGGCAAGAGGUCCACCCUCUCAGGCCCGCCGACGACCCCGCCACUCUUCCCGUGAUGCCCCGCGACUGAACUCCGACCUCCUCCGCGCCCGGCCCUCCUCACCGCCCCCUCCCGCGCACUGCUUCGCGUUCCUCCCCCUCCCCCUCCCCCUACGCUCCUGUCAGAUUCGGCGGCCGAGGGCGCGCGCCUAGACCCGGGGAAGGGGCCGGGCCGUCCGACGGAGGGAAAGCUCCUCCACUGGUGCCUCGGGGCCCUCUGUCGGCACACCGCCGCUCUCGUCUUCUCUCCUCCCUGGGCGCGGCCCGGCGGCGGGCAGGCAGCCGCAGCCGCGUCCAGGAGGCGACCUCUCAGAUUCAAGAUGACCAACGAAGAACCUCUUCCCAAAAAGGUUCGGCUGAGUGAAACAGACUUCAAAGUUAUGGCAAGAGAUGACUUAAUUCUAAGAUGGAAACAAUAUGAAGCAUAUGUGCAAGCUUUGGAGGGCAAGUACACAGAUCUUAACUCUAAUGAUGUAACUGGCUUAAGGGAAUCCGAAGAAAAAUUAAAGCAACAACAGCAAGAGUCUGCACGCAGGGAAAACAUCCUUGUAAUGAGGCUAGCGACCAAGGAACAAGAGAUGCAAGAGUGUACUACUCAAAUCCAGUACCUUAAGCAAGUCCAGCAGCCUAGCGUUGCCCAACUGAGAUCAACAAUGGUAGACCCAGCGAUCAACUUGUUUUUCCUAAAAAUGAAAGGUGAACUGGAACAGACUAAAGACAAACUGGAACAAGCCCAAAAUGAACUGAGUGCCUGGAAGUUUACGCCUGAUAGUCAAACAGGCAAAAAGUUAAUGGCGAAGUGUCGAAUGCUUAUCCAGGAGAAUCAAGAGCUUGGAAGGCAGCUGUCCCAGGGACGUAUUGCACAACUUGAAGCAGAGUUGGCUUUACAGAAGAAAUAUAGUGAGGAGCUUAAAAGCAGUCAGGAUGAACUCAAUGACUUCAUCAUUCAACUUGACGAAGAAGUAGAGGGUAUGCAGAGCACCAUUCUAGUUCUUCAGCAACAACUGAAGGAGACUCGCCAGCAGUUGGCUCAGUACCAGCAGCAGCAGUCACAAGCCUCAGCCCCGAGUACCAGCAGGACUACAACUUCUGAAUCUGUAGAACAGGCAGAGGCUACAAAUAAAGAUUGCAGUCGCCUGGCUAAUGGACCAAGUAAUGGCAGCUCCUCCCAUCAGAGGACGUCUGGGUCUGGAUUUCAUAGGGAGGGGAACACAACUGAGGAUGACUUUCCUUCUUCUCCAGGAAAUGGUAAUAAGGUCUCCAACAGCUCUGAAGAGAGAACUGGCAGAGGAGGUAGUAGUUACAUAAACCAACUCAGUGCGGGGUAUGAAAGUGUAGACUCUCCCACGGGCAGUGAAAACUCUCUCACACACCACUCAAAUGACACAGACUCCAAUCAUGACCCUCAAGAGGAGAAAGCAGUGAGUGGGAAAGGUAACCGAACUACGGGUUCCCGCCACAUUCAGAAUGGCUUGGACUCAAAUUUAAAUGUACAGGGUUCAGUUUUGUAAUAUUUUUCCAGCAAAUUUUUAUACAGUGUCUAAUUUGGGAGAGGAUACUGUCCAGAAAAUUAACGCAUACUUUCUGUCACAAUUUGCCUUUUUGUGGGUGUGUGUUUUUUUUUCUUUUGUUUUUUCUUUUUCCUUUUUUUUUUUUUGCUUCAAUACCUCUGCCACUUUGGAAAUUGUAACAGUUACUUUGAAUGUUGCUAAAAGGACAUUUUGUGUAGGGUCAGGUUAUUUUUAUAUAUGAGUUAAUGUGAAGUUGUAAAUGGAGACCUUUCCUUAAAGUAUAACACAAUGAUGUCUGUAUAAAUCUGUGUAUAUUUAGAACCUGUGCUGUGUAAGGGCAUUCUUACUCAUACUGUUAUUACACUUAUGCAACAUUCAGAUUUGUUAUAGUAGAUGUGGGUUUGACUGCCAAGUUUGCCCAGUACAGUAGUUUUAUCACUAAAAGUUGGACUUUUUGAUGGAGUCCUAUAGUAGUUUCAGUGUUAGAUACAGUUUUUUCCACCACACACAUGUGCAUUUUCUCUUUAGGUGACUGAAUGUUUAAAAAAUUUGUAUGCAUAGUUACUCAGUUUUUAUGAACUGUUGUAUCCUGUUAAUGCAUAUUGCUCUGUGACUCCAGUAUAUCUUACCUGUACUGACCAAACCUAAAUAAAGAUUUUUAUUGUAACUCCUUUA